AUGCAGGACUACGACGAAGUGACCGCCUUCCUGGGCGAGUGGGGGCCCUUUCAGCGCCUCAUCUUCUUCCUGCUCAGCGCCAGCAUCAUCCCCAACGGCUUCAAUGGCCUAUCGUCCAUGUUCUUUACGGCGACCCCGGAACACCACUGCCGGGUGCCGGACACCGCGAACCUGAGCAGCGCGUGGCGCAACCACAGUGUCCCGGUGCGGCUGCAGGACGGCCGCGAGGUGCUUCAGAGCUGCCGCCGCUACCGACUCGCUACGAUCGUCAACUUCUCGGCGCUCGGGCUGGAGCCGGGGCUCGAUGUGGACCUGGAGCAGCUGGAGCAGGAGGGCUGCCUGGAUGGCUGGGAGUUCAGCCAGGACAUCUACCUGUCCACCAUCGUCACCGAGUGGAACCUGGUGUGUGAGGACGACUGGAAGGCCCCGCUCACAAUCUCCUUGUUUUUCGUGGGUGUGCUGAUGGGCUCCUUCAUUUCGGGGCAGCUCUCAGACAGGUUUGGUCGGAAGAACGUGCUGUUUGUGACGAUGGGCAUGCAGACAGGCUUCAGCUUCCUGCAGAUCUUCUCGAAGAACUUUGAGAUGUUUACCGUGCUGUUUUUCCUUGUAGGCAUGGGCCAGAUCUCCAACUAUGUGGCAGCAUUUGUCCUGGGAACAGAAAUUCUUGGCAAGUCAGUUCGUAUUCUAUUCUCUACGUUAGGCGUGUGCAUAUUUUAUGCGUUUGGCUUCAUGCUGCUGCCCCUGUUUGCUUACUUCAUCAGAGACUGGCGGAUGCUGCUGCUGGCACUGACCGUGCCGGGGGUUCUGUGUGCGGUGCUCUGGUGGUUCAUCCCUGAGUCUCCCCGAUGGCUCAUCUCUCAGGGACGAUUUCAGGAGGCAGAGGUGAUCAUCCACAGGGCUGCCAAAACCAAUGGGAUCAUUGCACCUUCAACCAUCUUUGACUCCAGUGAGCUACAAGACCUAAGCUCCAAGCAGCAGCAGUCCCACAGCAUCCUGGAUCUGGUCCGAACUCGGAACAUCCGGAUGAUCACCGUCAUGUCCAUAAUUCUGUGGAUGACCAUAUCCGUGGGCUACUUCGGGCUCUCCCUUGACACCCCUAACUUGCACGGGGAUGUCUAUUUGAACUGCUUCCUUUCGGCCGUGGUUGAAGUCCCAGCGUACGUGUUGGCCUGGCUGCUGCUGCGGCACCUGCCCCGACGAUACUCCAUGGCCAUGGCCCUCUUCCUAGGUGGCAGCGUUCUUCUCUUUGUGCAGCUCGUGCCCCCAGAGCUGUAUUACUUGGCUACAGUCCUGGUGAUGGUGGGUAAGUUUGGAGUCACAGCUGCCUUUUCCAUGGUCUACGUGUACACGGCCGAGCUGUACCCCACCGUGGUCAGGAACAUGGGCGUGGGCGUCAGCUCCACAGCGUCCCGCCUGGGCAGCAUCCUGUCUCCCUACUUCAUUUACCUUGGUGCCUACGACCGCUUCCUGCCCUACAUUCUCAUGGGGAGUCUGACCAUCCUGACAGCCAUCCUCACCUUGUUCCUCCCAGAGACCUUCGGCAUUCCACUCCCAGACACCAUUGACCAGAUGCUAAGGGUCAAAGGAAUAAAAUACAGGCAAACUCCAAGCCACACAAGGAUGUUAAAGGAUGGUGAAGAAAGCCCCACAGUCCUUAAAAGCACAUCCUUCUAA